AUGCAGGCUCGAGUGUGUAGAGUGUGUGACACUGUGGCUGUGACACUGGGCGCGAUUUAUGGGCCUAUGACACUGCUGGUGAUUGCGGGGAGUGUGCGGUUGUGUGUGACAGGAGGGAGUGACGGCGCACGAGCGCGUGGAUGCGGGGGUGAGUUUCUGCGCCGAGGCCCCCGCGAGUGUGGCAGCGUGGCAAGCGUGACCCCGUGGGAGUGUGCAGCGCGUGACGCCGCCGUGCCCGUGCAGCCCGGGGGCGUCUCCAAGCCUCAAGCUCUCCAGGCUCCGGUAGCCAAUUUUUUUGUAUCUUCACAGAUUCAAGUCAUCAAAAUUGAGACUGAGGACAACAGGGAGACGCGCUCAGCCAAGGAUGCUCUGCUCUUGUGGUGUCAGAUGAAGACAGCCGGUUACCCUGAGGUAAACAUCCAGAAUUUCACCACCAGCUGGCGGGACGGAUUGGCCUUCAAUGCCCUCAUUCAUCGGCACAGGCCCGAUCUCGUGGACUUCAGCAAACUCACCAAGUCCAACGCCAACUACAACCUGCAGAGAGCCUUCCGCACAGCUGAGCAGCACCUGGGGCUGGCGCGGCUGCUGGAUCCUGAAGAUGUGAACAUGGAGGCUCCAGAUGAGAAGUCCAUCAUCACUUACGUGGUCUCUUUCUACCACUAUUUCUCCAAGAUGAAGGCUCUGGCUGUGGAGGGGAAGCGUAUCGGGAAGGUCCUGGACCAGGUGUUGGAGGUGGGGAAGAUCAUAGAACGCUACGAGGAGCUGGCAGCCGAGCUGCUGGCCUGGAUCCGCCGUACUGUGGGCCUCAUCAGCAACCAGAAAUUUGCCAACUCCUUAAGUGGGGUGCAGCAGCAGCUCCAGGCUUUCACGGCCUAUUGCACGCUGGAGAAGCCUGUCAAGUUCCAGGAGAAGGGGAACCUGGAGGUGCUGCUCUUCAGUGUCCAGAGCAAACUUCGAGCCUGCAACCGCCGUCUCUUCGUGCCUCGGGAGGGCUGUGGCAUCUGGGAUAUUGACAAGGCAUGGGGUGAGCUGGAGAAGGCCGAGCAUGAGCGAGAGGCUGCCCUACGGGCUGAGCUGAUUCGGCAGGAGAAGCUGGAACUACUGGCACAGAGGUUUGACCACAAGGUGGCUAUGAGGGAGAGCUGGCUGAAUGAGAACCAGCGUCUGGUCUCCCAGGACAACUUUGGGUAUGAGCUGCCUGCAGUGGAGGCAGCCAUGAAGAAACACGAAGCGAUUGAGGCGGACAUUGCAGCCUACGAGGAGCGGGUGCAGGGCGUGGCGGAGCUGGCCCAGGCGUUGGCGGCUGAAGGCUACUAUGACAUCCGGCGGGUGGCAGCCCAGCGUGACAGCGUCUUGCGCCAGUGGGCCCUGCUAACUGGGCUUGUGGGUGCCCGGCGGACACGGCUCGAGCAGAACCUGGCCCUGCAGAAGGUCUUCCAGGAGAUGGUGUACAUGGUGGACUGGAUGGAGGAGAUGCAGGCUCAGCUGCUGUCCCGGGAGUGUGGGCAGCACCUGGUGGAGGCGGACGACCUGUUGCAGAAGCAUGGACUGCUGGAGGGGGACAUUGCAGCCCAGAGCGAGCGGGUGGAGGGCCUCAAUGCCGCUGCCCUGCGCUUCUCCCAGCUGCAGGGCUACCAGCCCUGCGACCCGCAGGUUAUCUGCAACCGCGUGAACCACGUGCACGGCUGCCUGGCGGAGCUGCAGGAGCAGGCAGCGCGGCGGCGCGCAGAGCUGGAGGCCUCGCGGAGCCUGUGGGCGCUGCUGCAGGAGCUGGAGGAGGCCGAGAGCUGGGCGCGCGACAAGGAGCGCCUGUUGGAGGCUGCGGGCGGCGGCGGUGCGGCGGGCGCGGCGGGCGGCGCGCAUGACCUGUCUAGCACCGCGCGCCUCCUGGCCCAGCACAAGAUCCUGCAGGGCGAGCUGGGCGGACGGCGGGCGUUGCUGCAGCAGGCCCUGCGGUGCGGCGAGGAGCUGGCUGCGGCCGGCGGCGCCGUCGGCCCGGGCGCGGAGACGAUGCAACUCGUGGGCCUGGCUGAGCGCGCGGCGAGCGCCCGGCGCCGCUGGCAGCGGCUGGAAGAGGCGGCGGCGCGGCGCGAGCGGCGGCUGCAGGAGGCGCGGGCGCUGCACCAGUUCGGCGCUGACCUCGACGGGCUCCUGGACUGGCUUCGCGACGCUUACCGCCUGGCAGCCGCCGGUGACUUCGGCCAUGACGAAGCGUCCAGCCGCCGCCUGGCGCGCCAGCACCGCGCGCUCACUGGGGAGGUGGAGGCGCAUCGCGGGCCCGUGAGCGGCCUGCGACGCCAGCUGGCGUCUCUCGGGGGCGCCAGUGGCGCAGGGCCACUGGUGGUGGCGCUGCAGGUGCGCGUGGUGGAGGCCGAGCAGUUGUUCGCGGAGGUGACCGAAGUGGCCGCGCUGCGGCGCCAGUGGCUGCGGGACGCGCUAGCUGUCUACCGCAUGUUCGGCGAGGUGCACGCAUGCGAGCUGUGGAUCGGCGAGAAGGAGCAAUGGCUGCUCUCCAUGCGCGUGCCCGAUUCACUUGACGACGUCGAGGUGGUGCAGCACCGAUUCGAGAGCCUGGACCAAGAGAUGAACAGCCUGAUGGGCCGAGUUCUGGAUGUGAACCAAACAGUCCAGGAGCUGGUGGAAGGAGGCCACCCCAGUUCUGAUGAGGUGCGUUCCUGCCAGGACCACCUCAAUAGCAGGUGGAACCGCAUCGUGGAGCUAGUGGAACAGCGCAAAGAGGAAAUGAGCGCGGUCCUGCUGGUGGAGAACCAUGUGCUGGAAGUGGCCGAGGUGCGAACCCAGGUGCGUGAGAAGCGGCGAGCUGUGGAGAGCGCGCCCCGCGCCUGCGGCGCCCUGCAGUGGCGUCUUAGCGGCCUAGAGGCCGCUCUGCAGGCGCUGGAGCCGCGCCAGGCGGCCCUUCUGGAGGAGGCAGCACUGCUGGCUGCGCGCUUCCCGACGCAGGCGGCGCGGCUGCACCAGGGCGCAGAGGAGCUGGGCGCCGAGUGGGGCGCGCUAGCCAGCGCGGCUCAGGCCUGCGGCGAGGCGGUGGCGGCAGCAGGGCGCCUGCAGCGCUUUCUGCAUGACCUCGACGCUUUCCUGGACUGGCUGGUGCGCGCCCAGGAAGCGGCGGGCGGCAGUGAGGGGCCCCUGCCCAACAGCCUAGAAGAGGCGGACGCGCUGCUGGCACGCCACGCUGCGCUCAAGGAAGAGGUGGACCAGCGCGAGGAAGACUAUGCUCGCAUCGUGGCGGCCAGCGAGGCGCUGCUGGCCUCCGACGGCGCAGAGUUGGGCCCGGGCCUGGCACUAGACGAGUGGCUGCCGCACCUUGAACUUGGCUGGCAUAAACUGCUCGGCUUGUGGGAGGCGCGCAGGGAGGCACUGGUCCAGGCGCACAUCUACCAGCUGUUUCUGCGGGAUCUACGCCAGGCGCUCGCGGUGCUGCGUAACCAGGAGAUGGCGCUGUCUGGUGCGGAGCUCCCGGGCACGGUGGAAUCAGUGGAGGAGGCGUUGAAGCAGCACCGGGAUUUUCUCACCACCAUGGAGCUGAGCCAGCAAAAGAUGCAGGUGGCCGUGCAGGCUGCGGAGGGCCUGCUGAGGCAGGGCAACAUCUACGGGGCGCAGGCCCAGGAGGCUGUGACCCGGCUGCUGGAGAAGUGCAUACCACCACACCCCUGCUGUCUGCACCCUCCUUGGGAACUCCCAGAGCUCCCCAGAUCCAGCAGCUAG